CGAUAAAUGGGCGAGCAGGGAGCUGGCUUCUCCAGAGCCGAGCAUGGGAGCACCUCGGGGAAAGUGAGUACUCGCCCAUCAGUCCACCCAGCCUGCCUCUCCUCUGCAUCUCCUCUCCCUGCUCAGUAGCCAAGGACCCCAGUAACACACCCCGCAGCCAUGGCCACCUCAGCGAGUUCCCACCUGAGCAAAGCUAUAAAGCAGAUGUACAUGAAGCUGCCUCAGGGUGAAAAGGUGCAAGCUAUGUACAUCUGGAUUGAUGGGACUGGGGAGCACCUGCGCUGUAAAACCCGGACGCUGGACCAAGAGCCCAAGAGCAUUGAAGAUCUACCUGAGUGGAACUUUGACGGCUCUAGCACCUUCCAGUCUGAGGGUUCAAACAGUGACAUGUACCUUCUCCCUGCUGCCAUGUUCCGGGACCCUUUCCGCAAGGACCCCAACAAGCUGGUUCUUUGUGAGGUCUUCAAGUACAACCGCAAGUCAGCAGAGUCAAACCUCCGGCACACCUGUAAACGGAUUAUGGAUAUGGUGUCCAACCAGAUCCCCUGGUUUGGGAUGGAGCAGGAAUACACUCUUCUUGGGACAGAUGGACAUCCAUUUGGCUGGCCUUCCAAUGGCUUCCCUGGGCCCCAGGGUCCAUAUUACUGUGGCGUAGGAGCAGACAAGGCCUAUGGCAGAGACAUUGUGGAAGCGCAUUAUCGUGCAUGUCUCUAUGCUGGUGUUAAAAUUGGAGGAACAAAUGCAGAAGUGAUGCCUGCACAGUGGGAAUUCCAGGUGGGCCCGUGCGAAGGGAUUGAGAUGGGGGAUCACCUCUGGAUUGCACGCUUCAUCCUACAUCGGGUGUGUGAAGACUUUGGGGUAAUCGUGUCCUUCGAUCCCAAACCCAUCUCUGGGAAUUGGAAUGGAGCCGGUUGCCACACCAACUUCAGCACCAAGUCCAUGAGGGAGGAAGGAGGCCUCAAGCAUAUAGAAGAGGCCAUUGAGAAGCUCAGCAAACGGCACCAGUACCAUAUCCGCGCUUACGACCCAAAAGGGGGGCUGGACAACGCCAGGCGCCUGACAGGCUUCCACGAGACAUCCAGCAUCCACGAAUUCUCUGCUGGCGUGGCCAACCGUGGGGCCAGUAUCCGUAUCCCCAGAAAUGUGGGCCAAGAAAAGCAGGGCUACUUCGAGGACCGCCGGCCCUCUGCCAACUGCGACCCUUAUGCUGUGACGGAGGCACUAAUCCGUACAUGUCUUCUCAGCGAAACCGGGGAUGAGCCCUUUGAGUACAAGAACUAAGUGGACUGCCCCCCGACAGACACCGCCUACCCCCAAAUGUCCCUUCUAGAUGUAAUUUUGAGGGCACAAGUUACCACUUUGUUUGUGUCCCAGUAACUCUUGUUGUGUUGGGGGGAGGGAGCAUUUAGUUCUUGUUGAUGUCUCAUUGUUGAUGCUUGAGAGGAGGAGUGUGCGUUAGAGAAGAAUUUUAACCACUGUUUUGUCUAAUUCAUCUGUAUGUCUGAUAGGACCCAGUGGCUUCCAUGGACACAGGGUGAUAGGCUGAAGGAAGGUGGAUGGACAAGAGGCUGUAGUGGGUUUUGCCCAAGAGAGUCUAACCCCCAUGAUAAUGACAUACAUAACUCAGCUCUCCAUAGACCAAUUGUCCUCGGAUUAGAGUUAUUCGGGGGCGAAAGGAGUAAAGCAGCUAUGAUAGAUUCUGACCCCUUUGCACACUUACACAUGGUGGGAAAUUUCCCUUCUCUGGCUUUGAUAAGACUCUUGGGCAUCUUCUUGCAUUCUGCUGUCCCAGCUAAAUGUGGGAGCUGGUAGCAAAAUUCCUCCUUGCUCUGUCAUUGGAAGCCACUCGAUCUCCUGUGUAUAACACAGAGUGAAGUAGUAUUUUUUUUAUAUUUAAAUGUAAAAACAAAAAAAACUAUAUAUAAAUUUUUUUUAAAAAAAAAAGACGUUCCAAUAACUCAGCCAGCUAGAGCAGGCGGGUUCCUGAAGGUACUGUUGGAGGUGGAACUCCAGCGUGGGCUAGAGCAGAGGGUAGAAUGGGGGGGUGGGUGGGG